CAUUUGCUGGCAAAAUGUUUUCUGAUCCACAUUUGCGUGGCGUUGGAAGAGUAAAUGUCACAUCUAGCUUGGGAAAACGAGAAAUAAAUACUCGGUGGUCAUGUAGACAUAAUCAAAAGAUCGUCAAAAGGAUAAUAUGCCAGACACAUUGCAGCUAUCGUAAGGUGUGGAAGACUCAGUCAAAGCAAAGAAUUAUAACAGAAAUGUCAAAACUCUACAUGAACAACUACAAAACCUGUUUUCAUAUUCAUGGAGUGAAUGGAAUUCCCAGUAAAGCAUACAACAUGCCAGCUGUACCAGCAUCAAAGAAGAUAGAAGAUUGUUUGGUGUGUGCAACAUCAUUGGAGAGAACUGAUCUAAAUCACCAUGGUUACAAGUCCUGUCUUGUUGUGGUUACUGCUGACAGGUGGUUGAGAAGAUAUGACAUGAACACUGGUAGAAUGCUGGAAGAAGUCUACAUUGGUCCUAAUAUUAAAUUCAAGUAUUUGGCAUGGGACCGGGAGCAAGAGAGGUUGGUGAUUAAGUCGACCCAUAGCAAUCUGUCCCAGGCUGAAAGGCAGGCAGGGGUGGUUAAGGAUGUUCUCAUGACCAUGGGUGUCUUCCACAUAUUUCCCCUUGAAUUCCUUGCAAUGUUUCAAGUGAGAAAGUCGAUAUUUGGUAAAAGUAUCACAGAUGCGAUGCUUUUUGGUGGUCUCUUGUUGGUAAUGUCAAAGUCGGAUGUGAUCAAGAUUUACAGCUUUGAUGACAUUCUGGAGCAGUUUAAAGAGUUCAAUGCUCCAUUAGGCAAUGACAGUACCCAUUAUGAAGGUCAUGCUGGGAGGCAUCCACAUGGUCUUCCAGUGAAUGUAACAAUAAAAGACUGUCCACCAGUAUUAUUUGAGGUCCAAAGCAGUCAGUUCUCCUUCACAAUAGGUGCCAAUCCCUACCAUUUUAUCAUCACCCCAGUUAGGACUAGGGGCAUAUUUGAAGUGCAUACUCUUAAAACUAAGAAAAAGGUAUUGAAUGGCCAUUUAGAUAUGGACUCCAGUGACCUGGAUAAAGCCUUCUUCCACCCUGAUGAGACAUCCAGAAUAAUCCACACUGGAGACACCUCGUUUCAAAUGCUACAAGUGAGGCCAGUGUCAGAAAGAAGUGAGGAAUAUGAACUGAGGCCUACCUUUAGUAUAGAUGUAUCUCACAAAAUAUGUGAUGCAAUUCCUCAUAUGAAUGGCAUCAGUUCAGGACCACAAGAACUGUUGUUGAAAUCAUCAUUAGGACCAGCACCACCAGUGAGAUCAUCAUCUGGUCGCUGCAUCAAGAUGAAAGCCAGUGUAUACUCAGAUUUCUUAGUCAAUGAGUCUCCUCACCAGAAACUCCAUUCUGUUGACUAUGAAUAUGACCUUGACCUUCUGAUAGUAACAGUGUAUGAUGUGGCAGGGGAUUUCAAGGGCUAUGUUCAUUUUCAUGACAACUACACUGGUGACCUCAUUAAGGAGGUACAGCUUCAAGAAACCUGGGAAGAGCACUGUGAGCACACAAUAGAAGUUGAUAUGGAUACAAUAGUUCAUACAGUGAAAUCUGCUGACUCUGGGAAAUAUAUUUGCUAUAUUUACAAGGCACAACGUCACAUCGAUGACUUAAACAUACACAAGAAAAGAUCAAAAAGAAACUCAAGACAAUCUAGAUCAAAUUCAUUGCAACGUGUAUCUUGA